UGCAAGGUCUGAACCUCCCUUUCCUUUCCAACCUUAGUCACCAUCAUCAUUAACUCUCCGCUCCAUUUGCUGAGUACCAGUCACCACCCAGCCACAGUAUAACCCUCAUCUGACCUCCUGCCCAUCAACUGCCUAAGCAGUGGAGAAGGAUGAGACGCAGGACAGUUUCUUCUGAAACCUCAGAGCUCUAUUUAGCCUUACUCACGUUUCAUCAUAGAGAAGAGCAGAGAAAAAUCAUUCUCAUUUCAAUGAAGGAGAAAUUGAGAUCCAAGGAGAGGCUGAGGGGUAUCUGGGUAGAACCCUAUUUGUCUGGUCCCAGUCCUUCUACCCCUCCAGCCUCAGAUCUAGAACCCAGAAGUAACCCCUUUUUCAUUAUCUUUGGGAUACUUCCCCUGUGGCCUUGGUUUUAUUCCUGUUAUUUACAGUCUGUCCUGAGGAUCCAGAGGCAAAAAGGAUCUUGAGGAGAGAGGAGGAGUUGGUAAAGGGAGUGGGGACAUAGGAAGGGUCAUGAGCCAAAAUGACGUGGCGACUUCUGACUUCCCUUUCCUAGAUUCAGGCUGAUGAGGGGGAAAUGGUGCUGUCCUGAUAGUUUCCACGGUCAGAGUCCUCAGGUGCUUCUGAAUGUGUUGGUGGGGAUACACCCCUCAGGGGUCAUUGGACUGGUGGCUCCUCUUAUGGACCGAGAGAAGAGGGAUAGUCUAUGUCCUCAGGGGAAAUACAACCACCCUCAAAAUCAUUCCAUCUGCUGUACCAAGUGCCACAAAGGAACCUACUUGUACAAUGACUGUCCAGGCCCAGGGCUGGACACGGACUGCAGGGAGUGUGAGAAUGGCACCUUUACUGCUUCAGAGAACCACCUCAGACAGUGCCUCAGCUGCUCCAUGUGUCGGAAAGAACUAUCCCAGGUGGAGCUUUCUCCUUGCACAGUGAACCAGGACACUGUGUGUGGCUGCAAGAAAAACCAGUUUCGCCAUUAUUUUAGUGGAAAACGUUUUCGCUGCAUGACCUGCAGCCUCUGCCUCAACGGAACCGUGCAUAUCCCCUGCCAGGAGAGCCAGAACACCGUGUGCAACUGCCAUUCAGGGUUCUUUCCAAAAGAAAAUGAGUGUGUCUCCUGCAGUGAAUGUAAGAAUACCCCAGACUGCAUGAAUUCGUGUCCACCUUUAUCUGAAAAUGUUCAGAACCCUCUGGACUCAGGUACUACAGUGCUGUUGCCCCUGGUGAUCCUCUUUGGUCUUUGUCUUUUUUCUUUACUCCUCAUUGGUUUAAUGUGCCGCUACCCUCGGUGGAAGUCCAAACUCUACUCCAUUGUUUGUGAAAAAUCAACUCCUGUAAAAGAGGGGGAGCUUGAAGGAAUUCCCACCAAGCACCAAGACUCAGGCUCCAGUCCCUUCCUCAGCCCCACCCAACCCUCCUGCCCCACUGAUUGGUCCAACUUCAGGGCUGUGUCAUCUCUGAGGGAGGUGACCCCAACCCACCAAGGAGCUGACCCCAUCCUCACCAUGCCUGUCACCUCCACGCCCAUCGUCACCCAGGUUCAGAAGUGGGAGGACACCGCCCGCAUGCAGCGCCCUGAUGCAGACCCUGCGACGCUGUAUGCAGUGGUGGAUGGAGUGCCCCCGUCGCGCUGGAAGGAGUUGGUGCGGCGUCUGGGACUGGGUGAGCACGAGAUCGAGAGGCUGGAGCUGCAGAACGGGCGCUGCCUGCGCGAGGCGCACUACAGCAUGCUGGCUGCAUGGCGGCAGCGCACACCACGACACAAGGCCACUCUGGACCUGCUGGGCCAAGUGCUCCGCGACAUGGACCUGCUCGGCUGUCUGGAGGACAUAGAGGAGGCGCUGCGUAGCUCCUCCUCCUUCUCGCCCACACCCAGCCUCCUCCGAUGAGGCCACGCCCCCGCCUCAGGGAAGAACACUGUCCUUGUGACCGCUGCUUCCAACUCGGGCUUCCUGCAGGGAUGAUCUUGCGACAUGCCCCCUGGACCUCGUUUUCUGGAGAGAAAGGGCCUUGGAGGGAAAGGCGAGAGCCGGCAGCCGGAGUCACUUACUCGGUGCUACCCGCUCCGUGUAUAUAGCUUUUCUCAGCUUGGCUGAGAGUUUCCAGAGCCCAAAGAGUGGUUUCUGGGAUAGGUGCACCGUGCCUCAUGCCUGUUUUGGGUGUGGGGGACCCAGCAAGACUGCCUAGGGGCUCCUGGUUGGUCCUGGGCCCUUUUUCACAAUAGAUAAGCAAUCUUUGAAUCAAUUAUAUCACACUAAUGGAAACUUGGCACCAUUUGCCCCCUUCCGGGCAAGCACAGAGUAAGCUGAAUUGUCCCAAAGCAGGGGCAAGCACAGAACAAUGGGACUUCCAGCUGGAGCUAUGGACUUUUGUAAAUACACUAAAACUGGGAAAUUAAACCUCUGUGCCUGGA